AUGACGGCGUACAGCAAAGACCUGCUGCCGGACUUGCGCUCGCAACAUUUUUCAAAGAGUACAGCAGACGAAGCUUCAUCUUCUUUCCUGGUGGCCUAUGUAAUUCUGGCCGAAGCGAUCAUUGGCGGUGACCUCAAGAAUCCCUCGAAGGCAAUCCCAGGCGCAAUCCCGGUCAUCAUCCUGACGUCGGUUUCGUCCGAUGAAAUGGCAAGCAAGGCCAGUGCUAACGUGGUGCUUGACGCCACCGGAAAUGUUUCUGAAAUGGCCAUGGAGCUUUGCCGAGUGUGCCCGGGAAAGUGCAAGUACGCCAGGUGCUUUGCGGCCACCCUCUCGUCGAGCAAGUCAUAACUUCGAAACGGGUUCCUCCGCGGCCGGGAAACGGGAAAUUGUGACCGAACUUCUUCGUGGUCGGCUACAAGCGAGACUGGGAAGAGGACGAACCGACAACGACGGGACCACUUGUAGGCCAGGAUUAACACCAGAGCGAAAUUGACUAGCCAGACCAGCUAUCUUUUAAGCCACUGACCCCGCCGGAACGAUCACCCGUGACCAACUUCGUUUCGUCAAGCGGAAACCAAAAUGGUUGCUCAACUUACGAAAUCGUGAAAUUGAUUUUUUUUAUGAAUGCAAUGAAUGCAAAUAAACAUUGAGAUGAUUUGGAAA